AUGUAUAGAUUGCUUUUGUCUGAUGGCAUAUCUUUUUCUCUUACCGUUGAGCCUUUAGGUGCUCCAACUCAUCGCUCAAGCCGGCAUCAACUACAAGACACAAUGAACUGCUUCAAUGGUGGUGAACUUGGCGAAGUUUGUUGUUGUUCGACGGAUUUCUGCAACUCGUCCGAUUCUUCGAUUCGAUGGCUUGCCAUUUUGGCCACUAUCGUACUGCUAUUCGGAUAG